AGAAGCGGAUACGGGCGUCGGGCGCCCGAAGUCACCGACGACGUUUCUCUCCUCCAACAUGACCCGUAUGAGGAAGUGCGCCUUGGUUGCCCUCCUCCUCUCUUUUCCUCUGGACGCUAUCUCUUAUCAUCCCUCACCUCCCGAUCCUUCCCUCCUUCGUUCAGUUCGCUCUCGUUCCAGGAUUAUCAAUCCGAUCACUCUUAACAUUCGAGCGGCAGUUUUGCGAAGUCGUAGCGAAUUUCGCAUCCGGCGAGAGAACUGCAACGACAAUGAAGAGAGACUUGGCAAUGAAAGAAACCUCCCUAAGGUGUGCGGAAGACGGGCGAAAUCUGUCAGGUGGAAAGUAGGAGAAUGGGGAGAGUGUCUCGUUUCCGACAAUUCGACCGGAUGCCGGGAAAAUUGGGGUAAGACGAGUCGAGAAGUGAUUUGCGUCUACGACGAGGGACGGAGUCGGAGGCGUAACGAGACUCUGCCCGAUCGGGUCUGCUCGGCUCUCCUCCCCAAACCGGCCGAAGAGAGAAAGUGCCGAAGAGAAUGUCCCAGGGGCUGCGUGGUGUCGGACUACGGAGAAUGGACGGGAUGCGGAGAUUGCGUCUCGAAUCGCCGGACUAGGAUCAGGAGAGUUUUGGUAGCUCCCGAGAAGGGAGGCAGACUCUGUCCCUCUCUGGCCCAGUCGGAGGAAUGUCCUCCGGGCAGAAGCUGUCCUCAGAAAAUCCUACGAUUUCUUGCCGUCUUGGGCGGUUGGAGCUCCUGUCAAAGCGAAGCCGUAUCCGGAUGGCCCCGGGUGGGUCGAAGGACUAGAAACGUCUCCUGUAUUGACGCCCGAGGACGAGUCGUUCCAUCCAAUUGGUGUAAAAACCACCUAUUGCGGGUACCGCUGAUCGAAAGUUGUAUAGUUCCUCGGGACUGUCGGGUGUCCGAAUGGAGUCAAUGGACCACCGUCGGAGAAGGUUGCAUCACUUCCGAUGGACACGUGUAUCCGGAAUACAGACGCAGACGUAGAAAGAUAGAAAAACUUCCAGAAGGAGAGGGAGCGCCGUGUCCUCCCCUGGUGGAGAGAAAGUCCGUCCGAGACGGAUUGGCAUCGUGCGAUAGCGAAUUUAAAUGGGUUCGUUCCGCCUGGAGCCGUUGCGCCCCUGUAGAUAAAACGUGUGGAGGAGGACUCCAGACAAGGAUAGUUCUUUGUAUGAGAAACAAAGGUAAUGCUUUGAAACUUAUANGCAAUUGUAAAGAAAUCAGACCACCAUCCAUGCAACAAUGCAACGUGGAAUGCGCCAAGAAAUGCACGGUCUCCGAAUGGUCCCUUUGGAGUACCUGUCUACCUGUAAAUGUUCGGGAACCGUUAAAAUCAACUACAGGUUAUCGGAAAAGGAACAGAGAAAUCCUACAAAAGCCCAGCGGCAUUCACGAGUGUCCUUGGUUAGUGGAAGUGAAGUCAUGUCGGGAACCGGAAGUGGUCAGAUGGGUGACGGGAAAUUGGAGUUCGUGUCGCUUGCACGACGUCACACAACCCUGUGGCCAAGGAAUGAUGAAAAGGGAAGCGAUUUGCAUCAAUCCCAAAGGGAAGCACGUGUCUUCGUCUCUGUGUCAGAUACACGUGUUACCUCCAAAACUGUUGGCACCAUGUUACGUUCCUUGUCCUAGAGAUUGUGUUUUAGCGGAAUGGACGGAAUGGUCGUCCUGCGAGGCCGAAUGCAAUUCGGAAGAAAAGGAAGAAGUCAGGACGAGACGAAGAAGGGUCAUCGCGGAACACGGAUCAGAUGGAAAACCUUGUCCAGCCAAGGAUACAUUAACAGAGUCAGAACCGUGCGAUUACGAAAUCUGCUCUGGUUAUCAUUGGAUUAAAUCGAAUUGGUCGUCGUGUCAAAAACCCAAGAACGGAACUUGUGGUAAAUCCGUACAAGUUAGAAGCGUGCAAUGCGUCACUGCUUUGCAUCAGACUGUUCCCGAUGACAGAUGUUCUCCCGAACCCAAACCGAUGAUUUUUCGAUCCUGCGACUAUCCUUGUCCUGUGGACUGCGCAGUUACUAACUUCACCGAGUGGACUGCUUGUUCAGACGACUGUCUUUCAGUGCAGCGUCGAGAGAGAUUCGUAUUGCAAUCUUCUGCGCACGGAGGACGUCCCUGUCCUUCAACGUUGGAGGAAACGAGAAAAUGCAACGUGGGUAAAGAAUGUUUGCCGAAUUUAAACAGUUAUUCGUCCUCUUCUUUCUUCUGGAACGUGUCGACUUGGAGCAAUUGUAUCUUAGCCGAAAAUCUUCAUUGCGGAAAAGGCUUUCGUGUGAGAAAAAUUUCGUGUGUAAAGGAAAACGGAAUAGAAGUCCCGAUUCGGAACUGUGUUGCGUUAGAUGAAGAAUCUGUUCCGAAGUCGAGUGAUCCUUGUUUUAUAUUUUGCAACUCUUCUUGCAUCGCGACAGAAUGGACUUCCUGGUCUGCCGAAGACGUCAAAGGUUGUCCUUCAGUUCUGAAGAGGACUAGGGAAAGAUUGGGAAAGUCGUGUGAUUGGAUACGUUUAGAAGAAACAAAACCGUUUCCUUUGGCAGAGGUCUUGGCAACUCCCGAGGGUCAUUGGUCGAAUUGUAUUGUAGAUGAAGACAGCUUGUCAUUUAAAAGAAAGGAAAACGUGAGUGUCGGAGAAUGUGGAGUGGGAAAACGAUACAUCAGAGGGAAUAAGAUCGAAUCUUGCGAACAGAAGGGUCAGCAACAGUUUAGUGUCCGACGUUUGUUUGGUCGAAUGUCCAGAAACGUGUCAAUUGUCCAAAUGGUCCGAAUGGAGUGCUUGCAACAUUACGUGUGGUCAAGGAUAUCGAAGGAGAGAAAGAUACGUUACCAGAUAUGGAAAGAAAUCCAAGAAGACGUAUGCGAGAUGUUUUGCAAUCAUUAUCAAUGGAAAGCAGAGGAAUGGAGUGAGUGUCGUGUUUUGUAUUCCGACAGAAAAUGUGGUUCCGGAUCUAAAAAUAGAUCAGUUAGUUGUAGGAAGAACAAAGGUGCUGAAGUAUCCAUUAAAGUAGAUGAUAUAUUUUGUCAUACUUCCACUCGUCCUCUGGAGACGGUUAAAUGUUAUCUUCCCUGUCCCGACGAUUGCAUCGUUUCUGCUUGGUCUCCAUGGUCCGAGUGCAGACAGCCAUGUAACAACAAUUACUCCAGAUAUAGAAACAGAACAGUGCUGAGAAUUGCUCUUCCUUCUUCCGGUAGAAAAUGUCCGUCUUUGGUACAGGAAGAACCUUGUAACAUAGGAUACAAUUGUUUCCAUUAUAAAUGGUUUAUCGGGGGUUGGGGCUCGUGUAUACUUCCCGAAGGAACCAUAUGUGGUAAAGGAGUCAGUUCCAGAACAGCAACGUGCAUCAAGAGUAAAGGAGAAUCAGUUUCUUCCGACUAUUGUCAAAAGGUGCCCUUACCACCUCUAAGUGAGUCGUGUAACCUGGAAUGUCCCAUCGAUUGUCAGCUGUCCGAGUGGUCAGAAUGGAAUUACGAGCAAUGCAAACCAUGCAACCAUAAAGGAGAGAAGUGGAGAAUUCGUAGGAUUAUUCAAGAAGCUAGCGAAACGGGUCGACCUUGCGCCUACGAUUUGAUUCAGAAAAUACCCUGUUCUUACAUUCCCUGUUAUCAUUGGUUGAUAGGAGAAUGGUCCGACUGUUUUCUCCAGGGAGCAGAAUGUGGUCAAGGUUAUAGGAAAAGACAAGUGGAGUGUCUUAGAACGGACGGUGUUAGAGUCGAUAAGAAGAGCUGCCUGAGGAUCAACGUAACGGCAGAAGUAGAAGGAUGGCUCGAUCCUAGAUGGUUGGAAAUUGUUAAAGAUGUCGAAGAAGUACAAAUUUGUGAAAAAUCUUGUCCAGGUGAUUGUUCUCUCACAUCUUGGUCUUCUUGGAGCGAUUGUCAAAGGAAUUGCAUAGAAAAUGAAGUCGUCGGAUAUCAAACAAGAUCUAGAGCAGUAAUCGAAGGAAAGAAAUGUAAUGUUACACUAUGGGAAACGAGACCGUGUUUCACUGAUAUCUGCCUAAUUUAUAAAUGGAAAGUAACGGGUGAUGCGGUGGAGUGUGUAAGAUCGGAUGGUAAAAUCGUUUACGGUGGCUGCGAGAACCAGCAACGUCCUUGCUACCCAGAAUGCAUCGCUCAGCAUGCUCACUGCGAUCAUGUGCUUGGCCAAUGUGUGUGUGAUGCAGGCACUUUGCCAGUUCAUCGUACGUCGACUGUGGCCAGAAAUGACUUACUUUCACUCGUUAAAUGCGUCAACGUGAGCAUUAUGGACGUCGAUUACCUCACUAAUCACACUACUAAAGAAGAAAUUAUCCUCCGCUACUCCCCAAAUGAUAACGAAGUGAGUUUUUGGAUGUACGCCAUGAUUUGCGUGGGAUGUGCUUUUGUAAUAUUCGUGGCGGUAACUGUCUAUCUUAUGUGUACCCAAAAGUCUUCGGCUAGAAACCAGCAAGAAGUGCGCGGCCUUCGGAUGAAAGCCUACCCUCCGUGAACGGUGCCAUCUUACCUGGCGCCUCCGCUUUCGUUCCACACCUUUCUUUGUUAAGUCCCGUCUCAGUUGGUGUUUCACGUGCCUUUUUUCGACCCACCGAAAAACGUCGUUGGCCAUAGGAAGACGUUAAAGCUAAAGGGUAGUCUUCUGUAAAUAACAUUCAUACAUUUUCAUACGGAAGAUAAUUAUGUUACCUGUUUACAGCUUCUUUCGUACGCCACGUGUUAAAUAUUUCUCAUUCGUUGAAGAUUAAUAUAUAAAAUGUAUAUCAGAAUAUAAUUAAUAAACU